AUGUCUCUUCAACGCUCUCUCCACCAUUACACCGAUCUACCAGAUAACGAUAUCCGCUUGCUGCGCCUACUACCGCAUCAAGACGCGGAUGCCCCCAUAAAAUGCCAACUUUUCAACUGCGGCAUCGUGAGUUCGGGAGGCACCCGUCCAUAUGAGGCUCUGUCCUAUGUAUGGGGCUCAGAUCAUGAGUCUCAGUCUAUCUCAAUAGACAGCUGCUAUCUGCCCGUUGGAGGAAAUCUAUUCGCUGCGUUAUUGCAUCUUCGAGAUCCCGAUAUUGAACGGAUCUUAUGGAUAGAUGCCGUGUGUAUCAAUCAACAAGACAAUACGGAAAAAGGACAUCAAGUCCAAUCCAUGGCGAAGAUUUAUGCCAAGGCGACUCGUGUCAUUGUUUGGCUUGGAACGGCGACGCCAGAUAUCGAACAAGCGCUAGAAGACAUCCGCAUCGCAGGCUUCGCGGCAAAGCAGACCAUAAUGCCUACCAUUAACGAAAACGCAGUCCUCAAGCUACUCGAGGCAGCAUGGUUCCGACGUGUUUGGGUACUCCAGGAGGUUGCCGCAGCUCGGCAUAUAGUGGUCAAAUGUGGUCAUGCUGAGAUUGACGGUUAUGCAUUCUUUUCGGGGCUAAAUGCUUUGGAACUACCUUAUGAAAACCAGCCAGGCCUAAAGCCUCUAGUCAUGUCGGUAGCUUACCUGGCAAAAGGCGCGGCCUUUCGGUCGAGAUGCACAACCAGUCAGGCAGGCAGAUUUUCUCUCAACAUAUGUCGCCUGGCUCAGCUAGUAGAUAUGUAUCGCAAUCGCCAAGCCAGUGAUAAUCGCGAUAGAAUUUAUGCUUUGCUUGGUAUGAGCUCUGAUGAUCCUGGCACUUCGGGCUUAUUGGCUGACUAUGAUAUCUCAUGGGCAAAGCUCUUCAAACAACUUGUCAACUCUAUCCUUGGAAGUGUACCUGUGAACACUUGGGACGACAAAGCGGUAGCAGUGAUCAGGGGCAAGGGCUGCGUUCUAGGUCAGGUGGAGUCAGUCGACGCUAAUAUUGAUCAGAACGGCAAACAGCGGCUGAAGGUUCGUCGGGACAGCCCGUUUGGCUUGGGAACGAAUAAAUCCCACUGGAGAUUAGAGGUCUCAGCAGAACCAGUGGAGGCAGGCGAUGUUGUCUGCCUCCUACAAGGGGCGACAUUGCCUACCAUCAUCCGGAUACACAACGAUUACUGGAACAUCAUAGUAAUUGCAGCUGCCUCUCCAAAACGCCUGCAAGUUGCAAUGAGUGAUGACAAGUCUGAGCUUCCUCAACGGCCAGAAAAAUUCCCGCAUGAAUUCCUGCUUGUCUGGGACUGGGAUUUGUCGCGUGAUGGUUCCAAGAGAGGAACUGAGUACGAGGACUUGAUGGGACACCUGGUAUCACAGGCUCCGCAAGCCGGAUUGCAGACCGACUGCGAGAAGAUAGCCAGGUUUUGGAAUAACGGAAUGGCAAUGCGAGAUGCGAAAUUGUUAAGAUGGUCAAGGGGGGAGGAAAAUCUUCGAAAAGCGUUAGAGAUCCUUGAGCAUGUUUUGAGAAACAUGGACAAAAUAGCGUUGGCCGGCCUAGACCGUGGUCAUCGGAUGGUGGGAGAUGACAUGAAGGAACUGCAAGGGAUAGUAGACUUGAUUCUCAAGGACAAAGGCGGAUCGAGAGCACUAUGUCUGGCGGCAGAAGCUGGAUGCGAGGCAGUCGUCAGCCUACUGCUAGAUACCGGCGAAGUUGAUCCAAAUACACCAGACGACUCAAAACUAACGCCCUUACAGAAAGCGGUGAGGAAGGGGGAUGAGAGGAUUGUGAAGCUGCUGCUCAGGAGCGAUGGAAUUAAUCCCGAUAUUACCGGUCAUCCAUUCGAACGAACGCCACUAGUAGAAGCGAGUGGCAAUGGGUAUGAGGAGAUCGUCAAGCUGUUGAUCAACACCGGAAAGGCUAAUGUAAACGGUAGGGGGUUUCAAAAGACGCCUCUAAUAAUGGCAGCAGAGAAUGGUCAUACUGCAUUUGUUGAGAUUCUAUUAAGUACCAGUGAGGUGGAGCCAGACUUUGGAGUCGAUCCAAAAGAGCGCGAAUGCAACGACCUACUGUCUAACUACAACAUGACGUUCGAGAGGCAUGAGACGAGACUGACGCAAUGCACUCCUCACCUCGAUUUGUUGUACUUCAACAAGAUUCCAGAGAAGUUACUCUAUUAA